GAUCCCUCAGUGACACAGCUCACAAACACCAGCCAAAGUGGCUUGGAUGAAUUCAACCCCUUUUCUGAGAGCUCCCAGCUGGUACGUGCCGUGUCAGACAAAUGCGGGCAGCCGGCUGUCCUGCAGACGUCCGUGGAGCCCACGCCCCAGGCUGUGGCUGCGGCAGCAGGGGCCGGGCUGCUUCAGCAGCAGGCAGAAUUAGAGAGGAAGGCAGCAGAGUUGGAGAAGAAGGAAAGGGAGUUGCAGAGUAACGCAGCCAGCAUUAAUCCGAGGCAGAACAACUGGCCCCCCCUUCCCAAAAGGUGUCCGAUCAAGCCGUGUUUUUAUCAGGAUUUUUCUGCAGACAUCCCAGCUGACUACCAGCGGAUAUGCAAGAUGCUGUAUUACUUGUGGAUGCUGCAUUCGAUUACCCUGCUCCUAAACCUGCUUGCUUGCCUGGCGUGGUUCACAGUCCAGACGGAAAGAGGAGUAGACUUCGGUCUCUCCAUCCUGUGGUUUAUUUUAUUCACCCCUUGUGCCUUUCUCUGUUGGUACCGACCGAUCUACAAAGCUUUCAGGUCUGACAGCUCCUUCAGCUUCUUUGUCUUCUUUUUCAUCUUCUUCUGCCAAAUAGCAAUCUACAUCAUCCAGGCUGUCGGGAUUCCUGGCUGGGGGGACAGUGGAUGGAUUGCGGCGCUGUCGGAGCUGCAUGGGAACCUGGCCGUGGCCGUGAUCAUGAUGGUGGUGGCAGGGUUCUUCACGCUGUGUGCGGUCCUCUCGCUCUUCCUCCUGAAGCAGGUGCAUUCCCUGUAUCGGCGGACGGGAACCAGUUUCCAGAGGGCCCAGGAAGAGUUCUCCCAAGGCAUCCUCACCAACAGGGGCUUCCAGAACGCAGCCGCCGGAGCGGCCUCCUCAGCCGCACAGAGCGCUUUCCGGGGAAACUAA